AUGAGUGCAUUUAUACUUGGAUCUACUGGUUUAGUAGGUUUUCAAAUUCUCAGAGCUGUUGACAAAUCAACAUUUUAUAAUAAGAUAUCUACAGUUAGUCGCCGCAAACCAGCAAUUGAAUCUGAUAAAUUAAACUCAAUUGUUGAAAAAGAUAGUGAUAAAUGGACCGAUAUUAUAAAAAAAGAAGCUAAAGGUGCAAGUACCUUCUUUAGUGGAUUUGGUACAACUAGAGCAGCUGCAGGCUCUGCGGAUAAUUUUAAAAAGAUUGAUUAUGGUGUUAACUACGAUGCUGCCAAGGCAGCCAGGGAAGCUGGUGUCGAAACUAUAGUAUUAAUUUCAACUGUUGGUGCCAAUCCCAACUCUUAUUUUCUUUACUUUAAAACCAAAGGAGAAUUGGAGAAUGCAAUUAUUGCCUUAGAGUUCCCAAGGACUAUUAUUUUGAGACCAGGUCCUUUGUUAGGAGAAAGGGAUAAGGCAAAGGAUUUUCUCAAUACUUUAUCUGCAAAGGUCUUUCAAUUCGUUCAUGGCACAAGAUUUUCAUUUUUUGGAAAUCCAAUUUAUGGUGAAGAAUUGGGUCAAGUGGCCGUUAAUUUGAGCGAGGAGCCCUUUACUAAAAGUGAUGUUCCAAUAGUAAAAUUUGUUGAUGGAGGUGAGUUGACCGCUUUAUCCAAGAAGCUUUAA